AUGACUUUGCAGAGCAAGGUCGGCGUCUUCGCUGGCGCUGCCUUGCUGAGGCUCAUCCUGUUUGCCGCAUUCCCCAGCCUGCCCGAUCUGCUGACCGGCCGCGUCGAGAUCUCCACGCCCGUGACGAGCUUCAAACGAUUGCAAGAGGGACUGUUCUUAUACAACCACAAUGUUUGGCCCUACGACGGCGGUGUCUUCCACCAGGCGCCGCUGCUCCUCCCGCUAUUCUCGCUGCUUCCAGACGUCAAGACAUGGCCCAUCUUUACGGCAGUGCUGUACAUCCUCGUGGACCUUCUCAGCGCAUACGCGCUCCUCAUAAUAGCAGAUUCGGGAGAGGCCGGCCAGUCGAAACUCUACACAUCGCCCCGGCGAGCGAAGAGGUCCUCUGGGCUUCUGGUAGCUGCGGCCUUCUUGUUUAAUCCCUACACUCUCGCGACUUGCAUUGGCCGCUCAACCAGCGUCUUCACAAACUGCGCGAUUCUCUUUGCCAUUGCAAAGGCCCUCUCCGGCUCCCCCUUCAACGCCAUGGUCGCCAUCUCAUUCGCCUCAUAUCUAUCCAUGUACCCGAUUCUCCUGCUCCCACCUCUUGUUCUCCUCGCCUAUGACCGCCAAUCUGAAAAGCGACGUAUCGGCUCCGUCAUCCAGUUCUCGGUUAAGACUGUCCUGAUCGCCUCUGCCUGCAUUUCCGUCCUCUUAGCCAUGUCCUUUGCCCUGACAGGCAACUCGUGGGACUUCUUGGCUCGAACAUAUGGCAUCCAGCUCACUUUAUCCGACCUAACUCCCAACGUCGGGCUGUGGUGGUACUUUUUCAUCGAGAUAUUCGACUCGUUCCGGGCUUUCUUCCUGGCCGUCUUUUGGCUACACCUCGUAAUCUAUGUGGGUGGCCUCUCUAUCCGACUGCGCACCCAACCUCUGGCUGUCUUGACAAUUCUCCUGGGUAUCUUCGCCGUCUUCAAACCAUACCCAUCCAUCGCAGAUACCAGCCUGUUCCUCGCCAUGUUGGCUUUAUACCGGCACCUAUACCCCAUUAUGCGAUAUACAUAUGUUGCCUCCGCCACCAUGCUAUACGCGACCUUCCUCGGCCCUGCAUUUUACCAUUUGUGGAUAUACGCUGGUAGUGGCAACGCCAACUUCUUCUACGCCAUUACACUGGUGUGGAGUCUGGCACAAAGCCUGUUUGUAUCUGAUCUGACAUUUGCCGUGUUGAGAGAUGAGUGGGAGGUGGAGAGGCCAGAAAUGGUGGGCAAAGAGAUUCGACAAAUAUAG